AUGCAAACGUCAAUAUUUAACGCUGAUGACGACAAUGAUCACUCUUUGGUUUCCAGUGAGUCGUAUAGUUUAUCUACGAGUUUGUCGAACAUAAGUGCCAGGAGCCUGGCUCAAGAUGAAGAACCUAAAUUAUUGAAAAGGACUCCAUAUGAAGAUGACACGGGAUGUAGCUUAAAAGUAUCACGAACUAUAAGCAGAAAGAUAACAAACUCAGAGCAAAUCUUACAAAAGGCUGCUAAGUCAACUAGCCCUUUGCCACCUAUGGGUGGAGGCAGAAACUAUCCACCACCACUAGUAGGUCCGGAGGAUGCUUACCUAGUCGUAUAUGAUGGUCCAGAUGAUCCCUUAUGUCCGUUGAGUUGGUCAAAGAAUAGAAAGCUCGUGAAUUGUUUUGCAGUGUUAGUAACUCCUUUUGCUGUCCAAUUAGGUUCGGCGAUGUAUUCUCAAAGUAUACCAACAGUCAUGGCUAAUUUUAAAGUUGGACAUACCGUAGCAACCUUAGGAACAUCUUUGUUUGUGUUUGGAUUUGCAUCAGGCCCGGUUAUUUGGGGCCCUCUUUCUGAACUUUUUGGUAGAAAGCUAAUUUUAAUUUGUUCCAUGUUUGGUUAUACCUGUUUUUCGUUUGCAGCUGCAACAGGACAAGAUAUACAAACCAUAAUGAUUUGCAGGUUUUUUUCUGGGUUCACUGGUGGUGCUCCAGCUGUCGUUGCUCCAGCGGUAACUGCUGAUUUAUUUCAUACGGCAGAUAGAGGAAAAGCGAUGACGGGAUUCGGUUUUGUUCUAUUUGCUGGCCCAAUGUUGGCACCAAUUUUUGGCGGUUUUGCGGCUAAAAACCCUCAUUUAGGGUGGAGAUGGCCUAUGUAUUUCACUGGGAUAGCUUCUAGUGUUGCUCUCCUUUCUGCUAUUUUCAUCCUAGAGGAAACGAAUCAUCAAACACUUUUAUUAAAAAGAGCCGAAGAAAUUCGAAGAAGGACAGGAAACAAAGCUAUUCAUGCAGCUCAUGAGGAGGUUUCUUUGGGUAUUCACGAGAUUUUGUGGAAUAAUAUAGCUAGACCGUUGAGUAUGCUAUUUUCUGAGCCAAUAUUAUUUUUAAUAAGCUUGUACAAUUCAUUUGUUUAUGGAAUUUUGUAUCUAUUAUUGACUGAGAUCCCUUUAAUCUUUUCAAACAAUUAUCAUUUUGAAAGAGGAGUCGCUGAAUUACCUUAUAUAUCACUGUGCAUAGGUACAAUCAUAGGCUGUCUUUUGGUUGUGGUCUUCGAAAAUAGAUACGUUAGACUUUUAAAGAGAAAUGGCAAAGUUAGACCAGAAGAGAGGUUGCCAGGGAUGAUGCUUGGCUCCUUCUUCUUCUCUGUUGGUUUAUUUUGGUUAGGUUGGACUGGUGACUACCCAAGGAAGGUUCAUUGGAUUGUGCCGACCGUUGGUAUGUCAUUUAUUGGUAUCGGCUUGGUUCUCAUAUUUUUACCUUGUCUCACCUAUAUUAUAGACGUAUACUUAUAUGUCUCUGCUUCUGCCUUGGCAAGCAAUGCAUUUCUUAGAGCAUCUUUUGGUGCGGCAUUUCCCUUAUUUGCAAGACAAUUAUUUCUAAAUAUGCAAAUUAAAUGGGCAACCACUUUACUAGGAUGUUUUUCUGUCGUUUUGAUACCGGUACCAAUUUUGUUCUACAAAUACGGCGCCAAUAUUAGAAAGAGAUCCAAGUUUGCCUACAACGCUGUUUCGUAG